AUGGCGUUGCGCCCACGCGCCUCCUCUCAGCCCGGAAUACGUUCCUUCUUCCAGAGCCCCAAGGUGUCUUCGGCCCUUCGACCGCGGGCCGUCUCCUCCCGCUCGAGCUCCAUGCUGGAGGAGGAUCUGUCUUGUCCCGUCUGCUGUGAGAUCUUCAAGGACCCCGUGGUGCUCAAGUGCAGCCACAGCUUCUGCCGAGCGUGUCUGCAGCAGUUCUGGAACAAGAAGAAGGCCCGACGCGAGUGUCCCGUCUGCAGGUGGAAGUGCUCGCUGACGGAGCCCACGGUCAGCCUGUCUCUGAAGAACGUGGCCGACACCUUCCAGAGGGAGCAGGAGCGCAGGACGCCCGCGUCUGGAACGGGGGGUGGAGGCGACUGGACCGGGGAAGGUCCGGUGGAGGCGAAGUGCGUCACACACGGGGAAGUUCUCAAGCUCUUCUGUCUGGACGACUUUGAAGCCCUCUGCUGCGUGUGUCACACCUCCAAGAAGCAUCAAGGACACCGAGUGUGUCCUCUAGAGGAGGGAGCGCAGGACUUUAAGGCGGAGCUGAAGAAAGAUCUGAUUCCUCUGAAGAAACACCUGCGCUGCCUGUAUGAAGCCAAGCAGGAGUGUGAUGACACAACUGUGCACAUCAAGAGCCAGACUCAGGCCACAGAGAAGCAGAUCCAAGAGGAGUUUGAGCAGCUGCAGGAGUUUCUGCAGAAGGAAGAGAGAGCUCGACUCGCUGCCCUGCUGCAGGAGGACGAGGAGAAGAAAGAGCUGGUGAGGAAGAAGUCCGAGAACAUCACCAGAGGCAUCCUCACCUUCUCGCACGCCGUCAUCGCCAUUGAGAAUGAGAUCUCUUCCAGUGACGCGCUGUUCCUCAAGAAUUAUAGCAACACAAAGAAAAGAGCGCAGCUCGAACACAACGAGCCGGACAAAUUGUCCGGUGCUCUUAUAAACGUGGCCAAGCACGUCAGCUCCCUCAAGUACCAUGUGUGGGAGAAGAUGGCGGAGCUGGUUCAGUACACACCCAUCAGCCUGGACCCCAACACCGCCUACCCCUGGUUGUGCCUCUCUCCAGACCUGACCUGUGUCACCAACAGUGGAUGUCUCCAGAAGCUGCCGGACAAUCCCGAACGCUUCGGCCACUUUGUGUUCCUGCUCGGCUCGGAGGGCAUCACUUCGGGCCGCCACGCCUGGGAGGUGGAGGUGGGCGACAAGGCAGACUGGAUGCUCGGAGUGGUCAAGGAGUCCGUCGACAGGAAAGGACGGAUUUCCGGGUGUCCCGAGGGCGGGUUUUGGAUGAUCUCGCACUACGAGGGCGAGUACUCGGCCAUGACGAGGCCCAGCACCCCGCUGCACCCUCAAGGUGAGCUGACCCGAGUCAGGGUGCAGCUGGACUACGACUCCGGAGAGUUGACUUUCUCCAACCCUGUCAGCAUGACGGCAAUCUACACCUUCGCCGACUUCUUCACUGAGAAGAUGUUCCCCUUCUUCUGCCCCGGAGCCAACAUCAACGGGAACAACCAGAAGCCGCUUAAGAUCUGCCCCGCCAAGGUGGCUGUGUGGAACAGCGCCACCUGGUGAUUUUAAAAGUGUCUCAACCUAUCUAAGUGCAUGCCUGUGU